AUGAAAAACAGAUGUUCAACAGAGGCAUUACUAUCUAUAAUCCUUGGGAUGAGCAAAGAACAAAAAGAAUCUGUAAGAUCUAUGGGUUUUGGAGCUUUGUUAAAAAUGAAAAUCACGGAUAUACCACUGAAGUUGGGAUUUUAUGUUCUUCAAAAAUUUGAUUAUGAGAGAAUGGUGAUAGAUAUUGAAGGAAAGGAAUUGAAAGUAACAGCAGAGUCUGUUCAUGACAUGUUAGGCAUACCAAUUGGUGGAACCAAACUUACACAACUGGAUCAAUGGCCUAAGGAUGAUAAAAGUUAUGAUGAAUGGAAGCAACUAUUUAAAAAAGAUUCAAUCAUCCGACUGAGUGCAAUCAAAAAUGUUAUUGUUUCUACCACACAAGCUGAUUUCAAUUUCAAAUUAAACUUCUUAGUUCUGUUUGUCAACACUUUUUGCGAGUCAACAUCAAUGGGAAGAUGCAACCUGUUUCCCUUGAGUUAUAUUUCAAGAAAAACAGACAUCAGCAACAUAGACUGGUGCAGCUAUGUUUUGGACUGUCUUGUCAGAACAAAAAACUCAUACAUACCAUACUCAGAUAACAGCUUCUUUGUUGGACCUUCAGCUUUCUUGGUGUUGUUCUAUGCUGAUAACAUCCACUCGGAAGCUUUAACAGUAACACGAGAUACAGAUCUCGAAGACAGUGAUUCUGAUAAAGAUGAAGAUUAUUCUGUUGAGGCAUAUGAAUCAAAAAUAUCAAAAAUGAUUAAUAGUUUUGAGAGGAUGAAGGAAAAGCUGAAUUCAAAGCUUAAUGAUGCGAUGACAAAGUUACCUGAAAAGGAAAGUUUAAGAAUUUUCAAAGAAAAGAUGAAAAAUAUGAUUGUUGAAGAAAAAACUGAAAGCACAACACUUUUUAAUUUUCCAAUUAAUGAAAUUGGAGUUGAAGGAAUCAAUUUGACACCAAUAACGGGUCAAAAAACAAAUGAUCAAACAGAAAAUGAAGAUAAAGAGGGAAAUGGUGAAGAAGACAGUGAUAAUGGUGCAAGUCAACCAGAAGUAGAUUAUUUGCUUGAUUCAAAUGAAGCAGAUAAUGAAGGAAUACAGAAUGAUGCAGAUAAGAAUAAAAAGAAGACUAUUCAACAAACUAAAAAUCAAAAUUUGUUGGAUAAAGUUGUUGACAAUAUUGUGGACAAUGUCCUUGGAAUUGGAGUUUCAAGUUUAAAUAGUCAAGAAGAUGAAAUCUGGAAUCACCCUGAAAUGAAAACUAUUUUUGAUAAUAUUGAUAUAGGGUCACCAAUGAGUACAGGUAAAACUAAUACUCUUGCAGAAAAGGAAAAAUCAGAAGGUGUACAUGAACAAGGAACAAAAGUUGAAAAAACAAAGGGAGAUUAUACAGGCAAGGAAAACUCUGAAGAUAGAAAUGAAGGAGGAACGGAAGCUAAGAACACGAAAGAUGGAUGUGAAGAAAAACAAACAGAAAUUGAAAAAGAAAAUGCAGAAGAUAGAGGAAAGAAAAAGUCAGAAAAUCAAAACAAGAAAGGAGAAAAAGCUGACAAGACAAAAGGAAAUAAAGGAGGUCUCAGUCAAGAUUCAAAUCAAACUUCAAGUAAAAAAUCUAAUGAAUCUUCACCAAAAAAAGCACUUACAAAGAAACAAAUCAAAGACGACCAUCAGAAGGUUGUUAUCAGAUUAGCAAAGAAAAAUGUUCUUAAUCCAAAUCCAAUCUCUGUAUCAAUUCCUACUAAAGUAGGACCAUCAAAGCAUGAUCUGGAUCAACCAAGAGAGAAGAAGCUUGCUGAUGCUUUCAAAUCACCUUUCAAAUGCAGAAUAACAGACACAAAACCCAAACUGACACAUCAGGAGAGUAUUGUCUGUGAAUGGUUGUUCAACUUACAAGGCAAUACAUCAGAUGUGGUUGUCCAGACAAAAUAUGGUCAGAUAUCAGAAAGAGCAGUUAUGGAAAGUCUAUAUGCAAACACAGAGAUUUUUGGAGAAGUUUUAGACACUUGGUCUGAUUUACUUAACCACCAAAAACUGGAAAGGGAUUUUGGAAAUUCACCAUACAGACUCUUCUUGAAAGUUGGAGUUUCUACUGCUUAUCUAACUUCAACAUUGUUUGAUGAAAGAAAGUAUGAAAAAUUCAAAGAGAACUUUCAUGACAGUACCAAUGGGUACAAAAAAAUCUUGAACAUAAAAGAUAUUGAUAUGAUAUUAAAUAUUUGUGAUCCCACCUCCUUUUGUCCAUCGUUCCUCAUCGUCCUCUCAUUCUCUCUUUUGAAACAGUCCUCCACCAAAUCACUAUCGAAUACAUUUCGACACCACCACCGACAUCUCCUGCAUUCACCAUUGUUGCCUCCUUCAACCACCAAAUCUGAAACUAGAACCACAAUCUGA